AUGCACCUGCCGAUUCUUCGCUUGGUCAUGGUCAGCCAUCGGGGGUCUAUGCCGUGGGGUUUCUUUGGUGUUGUUCCGGGUUCGGAGGCAGGGGCAUUUUGCGAUAUAGUCGAGACGGAAAAGAGACGGACGCAUUUGGAAGUCGAACAGUCUCAGAAGUGUCCUUACGAUGAGAAAUUUUACCAAAGCGAUAGCGAGGAAGAUAUUGGCGAUUUCGCAUCGAUACAUGAUAUGGUGACGGAAAUAUGCGACACUGACCAAGAUAAGGAUUGGUGGAGCUUGCAUCUGCAAAAUUCAUGUGGAUGGGCCUGGCUGGCGGUGCUACUGACUCGGUUGACUCAUCUACAAAGCCUCUCGAUCUCACAUAUCAAGGAGGGGUUUCUGUUGGAUGUGCUGGUCAAAGCAGCAAAGCGCCAGCAUCCGUUUGAUAAGAGUACUCCGUUUCCAUUCUUCCGGGACGUCGAGCUCACUUGUCCCCUAGAAAACGAGAUGAUCUGGUCGGAUCAUGCAAUGCCCUUUUUCUAUCUUCCGGCCGUCCGCAAGGUCAAUGCGCUCAAGGUGUAUGAAGGCUCCCCGGGGUCGUACACGAAGCCCGAUUUCGCAGAUCACAGGAGAUCAGAAUGCCCAGUCACGGAAAUCAACCUAAUCCAUACGAUCGCUUGUGAUGAUAUAAAUGACUGGAUUGCAGCAUGCAGUAAACUCGAGCACUUCCACCUUGAGUUUGGGAUGAUAAACUCUAUCAAACACACGGAGGGAUACAAUCCACUCACAGCCCAAGCAUUCCGUCGAUCUCUCCUCUCAGCCAAGUAUACCCCCAAGUCUCUGCGUCUAGAAUUUCGCGUGUCGUACAAAACCUACUCGAAGCACCAUGCUGAACAGAGCAAGAUGAAUCUUCCUUUUGGCUCGUUCAAAGAAUUCCAUGUUCUGGAAAAUCUCUUCAUGCGACAUGCAAACCUCAUAAGAUCACCAAACACAGGUCCUAUGAAGGAAUAUAGUCCUGAUCAUGAACUGCUUAUCCAGAUAUUACCAAGAUCACUCAAGUCUCUUGAAAUUGUUGACAUUAUGGAUAACACUUUCCCUGCUCUAGUAUGGGAUCUUGUAAAGCUAGUCACCCGACGUGAAGAUAUGCCUCAGUUGAGAAGCAUUGUGCUCCAUGUAAAUGAUGGAGAUUCAGCAAUCAACAAGGGCUUGAUUGGAGUGAUAGAAUGCGCAUGUCAGUCAACAGAAGUUUGUUUGACUAUCAAAGGCAGUGCACCUAUCAAUAACUAG